UCUGCAGUCCGGCCGCGCCUCCCGGGCCCCGCGCUAGGGCCGCCGCCGCCUCGCCCGCCGCAGCCAGCUGACCUGCCCGAGACUCAGCACAGCUAACAAAGCUGCUGCAGGAUGAAAAGAUGGCAGCGCGGCUGCUCGCACCACCAGGCCCUGACAGCUUCAAGCCUUUCACCCCCGAGUCGCUGGCAAACAUCGAGCGGCGCAUCGCUGAGAGCAAGCUCAAGAAACCACCAAAGGCCGACGGCAGCCACAGGGAGGACGACGAGGACAGCAAACCGAAGCCCAACAGUGACCUGGAGGCAGGGAAGAGCUUACCCUUCAUCUACGGGGACAUCCCGCAAGGCCUGGUCGCCGUUCCCCUGGAGGACUUUGACCCAUACUAUCUGACACAGAAAACCUUUGUAGUAUUAAACAGAGGGAAAACUCUCUUCAGAUUUAGUGCCACGCCUGCCUUGUACAUUUUAAGUCCUUUUAACCUGAUAAGAAGAAUAGCUAUUAAAAUUUUGAUACAUUCAGUGUUCAGCAUGAUCAUCAUGUGCACCAUCCUGACCAACUGUGUGUUCAUGACUUUUAGUAACCCUCCCGAGUGGUCCAAGAAUGUGGAGUACACAUUCACGGGGAUUUACACAUUUGAGUCACUAGUGAAAAUCAUCGCGAGAGGCUUCUGCAUAGACGGCUUCACCUUCUUGCGGGACCCGUGGAACUGGCUAGACUUCAGCGUCAUCAUGAUGGCGUAUAUAACAGAGUUUGUAAACCUAGGCAAUGUCUCUGCACUACGCACUUUCAGGGUACUGAGGGCUUUGAAAACUAUUUCGGUAAUCCCAGGCCUGAAGACGAUUGUGGGUGCCCUCAUCCAGUCUGUGAAGAAACUGUCGGACGUGAUGAUCUUGACUGUCUUCUGCCUGAGCGUAUUCGCGCUGAUCGGGCUGCAGCUGUUCAUGGGCAACCUUCGCAACAAGUGCGUCGUGUGGCCCAUAAACUUCAACGAGAGCUUUCUUGAGAACGGCACCAGAGGCUUUGACUGGGAGGAGUAUAUCAACAAUAAAACAAACUUCUACCAGGUCCCCGGCAUGCUAGAGCCCCUGCUGUGCGGGAACAGCUCGGAUGCUGGACAAUGCCCAGAGGGGUACCUGUGUAUGAAAGCAGGGAGGAACCCCAACUAUGGUUACACAAGCUUUGACACCUUCAGCUGGGCCUUCUUGGCAUUGUUUCGCCUUAUGACCCAGGACUAUUGGGAGAACUUAUACCAGUUGACCUUACGAGCAGCUGGGAAAACAUACAUGAUCUUCUUUGUCCUGGUCAUCUUUGUGGGAUCUUUCUACUUGGUGAACUUGAUCUUGGCUGUGGUGGCCAUGGCUUACGAAGAGCAGAACCAGGCGACGUUGGAAGAGGCGGAGCAGAAAGAAGCUGAGUUCAAAGCCAUGCUAGAGCAGCUCAAGAAGCAGCAGGAGGAGGCCCAGGCUGCUGCGAUGGCCACUUCGGCAGGCACUGUCUCAGAAGAUGCCAUUGAAGAAGAAGGGGAAGAUGGGGCCGGCUCUCCAAGGAGCUCAUCUGAACUUUCCAAACUCAGUUCGAAGAGUGCGAAGGAAAGGCGGAACCGACGGAAGAAGAGGAAACAGAAGGAGCUCUCUGAGGGGGAGGAGAAAGGUGACCCCGAGAAGGUGUUCAAGUCCGAGUCGGAAGACGGCAUGAGGAGGAAGGGCUUCCGGCUGCCGGACAACAGGAUAGGGAGGAAGUUUUCCAUCAUGAAUCAGUCGCUGCUCAGCAUCCCAGGCUCACCCUUCCUCUCCCGGCACAACAGCAAAAGCAGCAUCUUCAGCUUCCGCGGCCCCGGGAGGUUCCGAGACCCGGGCUCCGAGAACGAGUUCGCGGACGACGAGCACAGCACGGUGGAGGAGAGCGAGGGCCGGCGCGACUCGCUGUUCAUCCCGAUCCGGGCCCGCGAGCGCCGCAGCAGCUACAGCGGCUACAGCGGCUACAGCCAGUGCAGCCGCUCCUCGCGCAUCUUCCCCAGCCUGCGGCGCAGCGUGAAGCGCAACAGCACGGUGGACUGCAACGGCGUGGUGUCGCUCAUCGGGCCCGGCUCCCACAUCGGGCGGCUCCUGCCUGAGGCGACAACUGAGGUGGAAAUCAAGAAGAAAGGCCCCGGAUCUCUUCUAGUCUCUAUGGACCAGCUCGCCUCCUAUGGGCGGAAGGACAGAAUCAACAGUAUAAUGAGUGUGGUCACAAACACGCUGGUGGAAGAGCUGGAAGAGUCGCAGAGAAAGUGCCCGCCGUGCUGGUACAAGUUCGCCAACAUGUUCCUCAUCUGGGAGUGCCACCCUUACUGGAUCAAACUGAAGGAGAUUGUGAACCUGAUUGUCAUGGACCCCUUUGUGGACCUCGCCAUCACCAUCUGCAUCGUCCUGAACACACUGUUCAUGGCCAUGGAGCACCACCCGAUGACACCGCAGUUCGAGCACGUCCUGGCCGUGGGAAACCUGGUGUUCACCGGGAUUUUCACAGCGGAAAUGUUUCUGAAGCUCAUAGCCAUGGACCCCUACUAUUAUUUCCAAGAAGGCUGGAACAUUUUUGACGGCUUUAUUGUCUCCCUCAGUCUAAUGGAGCUGGGUCUCGCCGACGUGGAGGGCCUCUCGGUGCUGCGGUCCUUCCGAUUGCUCCGAGUCUUCAAGCUGGCCAAGUCCUGGCCCACCCUGAACAUGCUGAUCAAGAUCAUCGGGAACUCAGUUGGCGCCCUGGGCAACCUGACCCUGGUGCUGGCCAUUAUUGUCUUCAUCUUCGCCGUGGUGGGCAUGCAGCUCUUCGGCAAGAGCUACAAAGAGUGCGUCUGCAAGAUCAACCAGGACUGCACCCUGCCGCGCUGGCACAUGCACGAUUUCUUCCACUCCUUCCUCAUUGUCUUCCGCGUCCUGUGCGGGGAGUGGAUCGAGACCAUGUGGGACUGCAUGGAGGUGGCCGGCCAGGCCAUGUGCCUCAUCGUCUUCAUGAUGGUCAUGGUCAUCGGCAACUUGGUGGUGCUGAACCUCUUCCUGGCCUUGCUUCUGAGCUCCUUCAGCGCGGACAACCUGGCGGCCACAGAUGACGACGGGGAAAUGAACAACCUGCAGAUCUCGGUGAUCCGGAUCAAGAAGGGCGUGGCCUGGACCAAAGUGCAGGUGCGCGCCUUCAUGCAGGCCCACUUCAAGCAGCGGGAGGCCGACGAGGUGAAGCCUCUGGACGAGCUGUAUGAAAAGAAGGCCAACUGCAUCGCUAACCACACUGGCGCAGACAUCCACCGCAACGGCGACUUCCAGAAGAAUGGCAAUGGCACGACCAGCGGCAUCGGCAGCAGCGUGGAGAAGUACAUCAUUGACGAGGACCACAUGUCCUUCAUCAACAACCCAAACUUGACUGUGCGGGUGCCCAUUGCUGUGGGCGAGUCUGACUUUGAGAACCUCAACACAGAGGACGUUAGCAGCGAGUCAGACCCUGAAGGCAGCAAAGACAAACUGGACGAUACCAGCUCCUCUGAAGGAAGCACCAUCGACAUCAAGCCUGAAGUGGAGGAAGUCCCUGUGGAGCAGCCCGAGGAAUACCUGGACCCAGAUGCCUGCUUCACAGAGGGCUGUGUCCAGAGGUUCAAGUGCUGCCAGGUCAACAUUGAGGAGGGGCUGGGCAAGUCCUGGUGGAUCCUGCGGAAAACCUGCUUUCUCAUAGUCGAGCACAAUUGGUUCGAGACCUUCAUCAUCUUCAUGAUUCUGCUCAGCAGUGGUGCCCUGGCCUUCGAGGACAUCUACAUUGAGCAGAGGAAGACCAUCCGCACCAUCCUGGAGUACGCAGACAAGGUCUUCACCUACAUCUUCAUCCUGGAGAUGUUACUCAAGUGGACGGCCUACGGCUUCGUCAAGUUCUUCACCAACGCCUGGUGCUGGCUGGACUUCCUCAUUGUGGCUGUCUCUUUAGUCAGCCUUAUAGCUAAUGCCCUGGGCUACUCGGAAUUAGGUGCCAUAAAGUCCCUUAGGACCCUAAGAGCUUUGAGACCCUUAAGAGCCUUAUCACGAUUUGAAGGGAUGAGGGUGGUGGUGAAUGCCCUGGUGGGCGCCAUCCCCUCCAUCAUGAACGUGCUGUUGGUGUGCCUCAUCUUCUGGCUCAUCUUCAGCAUCAUGGGCGUCAACCUGUUCGCGGGGAAGUACCACUACUGCUUUAAUGAGACUUCUGAAAUCCGGUUCGAAAUCGACAUCGUCAACAAUAAAACUGACUGCGAGAGGCUCAUGGAGGGCAACAGCACGGAGAUCAGGUGGAAGAACGUGAAGAUUAACUUUGACAACGUCGGGGCGGGCUACCUGGCCCUUCUGCAGGUGGCAACCUUCAAAGGCUGGAUGGACAUCAUGUACGCCGCUGUGGACUCCCGGAAGCCUGAGGAGCAGCCCAAGUACGAGGACAACAUCUACAUGUACAUCUACUUCGUCAUCUUCAUCAUCUUCGGCUCCUUCUUCACCCUCAACCUGUUCAUCGGCGUCAUCAUUGACAACUUCAAUCAACAGAAGAAGAAGUUUGGAGGUCAGGACAUCUUCAUGACAGAGGAACAGAAGAAGUACUACAAUGCCAUGAAGAAGCUGGGCUCCAAGAAACCCCAGAAGCCCAUCCCCCGCCCCCUGAACAAAAUUCAGGGGAUCGUGUUCGACUUCGUCACUCAGCAAGCCUUUGACAUCGUCAUCAUGAUGCUCAUCUGUCUCAACAUGGUGACGAUGAUGGUCGAGACGGACACUCAGAGCAAGCAGAUGGAGAACAUCCUCUACUGGAUCAACCUGGUCUUCGUCAUCUUCUUCACCUGCGAGUGCGUGCUCAAAAUGUUCGCCUUGAGGCACUACUACUUCACCAUUGGCUGGAACAUCUUCGACUUUGUGGUGGUCAUCCUCUCCAUCGUGGGGAUGUUCCUGGCUGACAUCAUUGAGAAAUACUUCGUCUCCCCGACCCUGUUCCGCGUCAUCCGAUUGGCCCGCAUCGGGCGCAUCUUGCGUCUCAUCAAGGGCGCCAAGGGGAUCCGCACCCUGCUCUUUGCCUUAAUGAUGUCCCUGCCCGCCCUGUUCAACAUCGGCCUCCUGCUCUUCCUGGUCAUGUUCAUCUUCUCCAUCUUCGGGAUGUCCAACUUCGCGUACGUGAAGCACGAGGCUGGCAUCGAUGACAUGUUCAACUUCGAGACAUUCGGCAACAGCAUGAUCUGCCUGUUUCAGAUCACGACCUCCGCUGGUUGGGACGGCCUACUGCUGCCCAUCCUGAACCGGCCCCCGGACUGCAGCCUGGACAAGGAGCACCCAGGCAGCGGCUUCAAGGGGGACUGCGGGAACCCUUCGGUGGGCAUCUUCUUCUUUGUCAGCUACAUCAUCAUCUCCUUCCUGAUCGUGGUCAACAUGUACAUUGCCAUCAUCCUGGAGAACUUCAGCGUGGCCACGGAGGAGAGCGCUGACCCUCUGAGCGAGGACGACUUCGAAACUUUCUACGAGAUCUGGGAGAAGUUCGACCCAGACGCCACCCAGUUCAUCGAGUACUGCAAGCUAGCAGACUUUGCCGAUGCCCUGGAGCACCCUCUGCGAGUACCCAAGCCCAACACCAUCGAGCUCAUCGCCAUGGACCUGCCGAUGGUGAGCGGGGACCGGAUCCACUGCCUGGACAUCCUCUUCGCCUUCACCAAGCGAGUCCUGGGAGACAGCGGGGAGUUGGACAUCCUGCGGCAGCAGAUGGAGGAACGGUUCGUAGCGUCCAACCCUUCCAAAGUGUCUUAUGAGCCCAUCACAACCACCCUGCGGCGUAAGCAGGAGGAGGUGUCCGCCGUGGUCCUGCAGCGUGCCUACAGGGGACACUUGGCGAGGCGGGGCUUCAUCUGCAGGAAGAUGACUUCUAAUAAGCUGGAGAACGGAGGCACACACCGCGAGAAAAAGGAGAGCACCCCGUCCACGGCCUCCCUCCCCUCCUAUGACAGCGUGACGAAGCCGGACAAGGAGAAGCAGCAGCGGGCCGAGGAAGGGAGAAGGGAGAGAGCCAAGAGGCCAAAGGAGCUGAGAGAGGCCAAGUGCUAGAGGAGGAGG